GACCAACUUGUAAUGAUAACCCGAAGGCUACGAUUCAGGUACGAGGUUAAGGGGGCGCCGCGCCGCCAAGGCCUAUUGGGGAACCUACAGCUUAGAUAUUGUAAGAGAAAGGGCGAAAUGCAAGAUAUAGGUGACAUUUUUAUCAGCGUGUUUCGAAAAAUCGAGCCAUUUCAUUUGGGAGCUGCAUCUUUUAUGUUACCUUUAAGCUUCUGUCAACACGUGCAAAUCAUCGGGACUACCUGGCUCCAUUCACGUGAGCGACGUUGGUGAAUGCUCGGAGGAUCGGCGGCGUCUAGACUGGGAGGGGAGCAUUUGUGUCCCCUCCUCUCUCUCUCGCUCUUACUCUCUCUAUCUACAGGCUCACAAGUCGGUAGAGUGUUUGGGAGGUGCUACGCCAGCGCUCUCACACGCCGAGUUCGAGCUAAACUCGGCCAGUCUCAUCACAGCACACGUACCACACUCACCACAGUGUCUGACGUCCUCACCAUAUCGAUGCACGAAAGAGGAACGGCGGCGGUAUGGUUACUGGCGGCGGUGUCGCUCGUCGCAGCCCUGCCCACACCGCCGAGGUACGGUCGGCUGCAGGUUGGCAUAAGACCAUCCCCGUCUCACGACUUGCCAGUUAUGGAUUUGAUAGAACCGCCGGACAAAAUCUACGAUCCGAAACCCGAAGAGGUCAACGUCAAAGCCCUGAGAGACAAAAUGGGUAGAAAUUACGACCCCAAAUUCAUGAGCGAGCAGAGGCCGGUGGAGAAUCUCCUGCAUCCCAACGGAACUACGGAACUGGGCUAUCGCAGGAAUAAGAAGGGGCGACUGGUGCCCGCAGGCAAUAUGCCCAACGAGAUACGUCACCUGAGACUGCACAAUAUACAGUUCCCCGACGGGAGUAGAGUGAGGAUGAAAGUGGGAAAGAAGAUGAGAAGAAAGUUUAAGCAGCUUCUCUGGGCUUACACGUAUUGCCCCGUUACAUAUCGUUGGAAGGAUUUAGGUGUUCGAUUUUGGCCGCGUUGGAUCCGCGAGGGAAGUUGUACCAACAUGGGCUCUUGCUCGUUUCCACGUGGCAUGAGUUGCAAGCCUCGAAAGUCCGUUAACAAACUCGUAUUGAGAUGGCAUUGCCAAAACUGGAAUCAAAAGAAGUUGUGCAAGUGGAUUCCCGUUCGAUAUCCCAUCAUCACCGAAUGCAGCUGCAGUUGUUAGUAAAUACGAAAACACCAAACACCUAUAAGUGUUUCAUUUGGAUUUCCAAAUUGGAAGCAAAAAAAUAAAAAAGAAAGAAAUAAAACGAAAGAGUGAGAGCUCGAAAACAAUCAUUCCUUUAUCGAUGACAAAGUAAUUAGAAAAGGGAUACGACCAUCUAUAGAUGUAUAUCCUGAAAGGAGAAGCUUACGACGUGUGACGUCGACAAUUGGCCAAACCUCCUUAUAGGAAGGGCAUGCCAUCUGCCGAGUAAAACGAGUAGACCAGUUACUGUACAAUUCGUUACCCGUGUAUGUAUAUAUCUGUUUUAAUUAUAACCUGGUAUAAAAUCCAGAAUAAUUUAAAAAAGAAAAAACAAAACGAAUGAUUUUUUAUUUAUAUUUUCAAUUGUAAUCCAAAGCUGUGGUAAAUAUUUGUCAUUAUUUGUAUAACCUUUAGUACAAAGAAAAAAAGCGAAAAAAAAAUUAUAUUCCUAUAAACGACUUUGAUUAAUGUGCCAAAAUAUAGUUUAAAAAAACUGUAUUUACAUAUGCAAAUUAUAUGUAAAGAUUUCAUCGCCAACCAACGAACAUAGGUUUAAAAAAAUGCAAUUAAUAUAUUUUCCAAUAACAUCUGUUUGAAUAUAUCGUCUUUAAAUAUAUACUAGUCAAAGGAGUAGCCGUCGAUCUACCGGUGUGAUUGGCUUCUGUUAUGAUCGGUUAAUUGUGAUUUACAAAAUGCUAAUCACCCGUUAGCUCCUUAUUUAUUUUGCUAAAAUAAAUGGUCCGAUUUCUUUACCCAAUGCCAAAACACCGUGGCCAUUCGCUUCUGGUAUAAUAAUUACAUCGAACGAAAUUAAGAAAUGCGAUACGACUGUAAUUUUCGUUAACAUUUCUUUUUGGUGUAAUAUAUUUAGUAAUUAGAAGUAACUGGAAAGAAGAAAAGAAAGCAAUAAACCUCAUAUAUCCAAAUAACACUUAUUAAUAUACAGUGGAAAUUAUAGACCGCUUACGGCUUAAAACUAUUUAAUAUCAAACAGAAUAUAAUCUAGUGUACGAUUAUAGCAUUACCCAUGGAACUGUAUAUAGAAUAACUGUAAAUAUAUAUUUCUUUAAACUGUAUAGAUGUGUGCGCUACCGAACAAUAUUUUUUAUGUUGUACGUUUGAUACAGUAUUGAGUUAUGUUGCAAAAAUUGUAGACUAUAAGUGUAAAUAUAUCUGUGAAAAAUAAAUAUCUACGACCAACCGA